AGCAUGUUUAACGCUAUCAAUCCCGAUAAUUCGUUCUCGAAACCACGAAAACAAAACAUGACUGAGUUUGAAGACCGCGGUGGCUGCAACUCGAGCAUGUAUCUGCCCAGCUGCACGUACUAUGUUUCAGCCCCAGAUUUCUCGGCAGUGUCAUCGUUCUUACCGCAGACAACUUCUUGCCAAAUGACAUUUCCUUAUUCAUCUAAUUUAGCUCAGGUUCAACCUGUUCGAGAAGUGUCGUUCAGAGAGUACGGGCUAGAACAUCCGACAAAGUGGCACUACAGGAGCAACUGUGCUCCUUGCUGCUCUGCAGAAGAGAUAAUGCACAGAGAAUACAUGCAGCCACCGGCCAGAACGGGAAUGUUGUUUAAAAAUGAUAAUGUAUACAGUCAGCGUGCAAGCUCAAAUCCAUCUUGUAAUUUCUACACCACUGUUGGCAGGAAUGGAAUACUCCCGCAAGGUUUUGAUCAGUUCUUUGAGACAGCCUAUGGGAUUUCUGACUCUACUAAUUAUGAACAGUUGAUCGAAAAGCCCGUGUCUACGUGUCAGAGUAUUACAACAUCUGAUAAAGUUUCUAUGGGGCAGACGAAAGGAGGUACAACGGAAAAGAACCUCGGCGAGUCGUCGGGUAACAGUGCGGCCGACAAAAACAGCCUAUCCACUGCUCAGCGAUCCAGAAAGAAAAGAUGUCCGUAUACCAAAUAUCAAAUCCGGGAACUUGAGCGAGAAUUUUUCUUCAAUGUCUACAUAAACAAAGAAAAACGUUUGCAAUUGUCGAGAAUGCUAAACCUCACCGACCGACAAGUCAAAAUAUGGUUCCAGAAUCGGAGAAUGAAAGAAAAGAAACUUAGCAGAGACCGCCUGCACUUUUUUACUGGUAAUCCUUUAUUGUGACUGUGAUGGAUUCCCUUUGGCCGAAUCUUCACUGCCUUAGCCAAUAUUUAUUUACACAAGGAGGGGCUGCAGGUUUGAUGGACCAGUUUUGCUCUUCUGAUGUGGAAAACAGGUUAAACGAUUGACAUAGAAUUGGAUUUGGGGUGACACGGUCGUGCAGACAAC